UAGGGCUUUUGAGCUCUUAAACCUCUCUUGUUCUCUCUCUCUGACUCAGAGCGGUGGAUAGAGCUAAAUGCCAUGGCGUCGGAUCAGAACAUGAGUAGCUGGACCGAUCUCCUCCACUCCUCCACCAAGCUUCUCGAACAAGCCGCUCCCUCCGCUCAGUUCCCCCCUCUCCAGAGAAACUUGGAUCAGUUGGAGACGUUAUCGAAGAAGCUCAAAGCCAAGACUCUUCGAAAUGAGGCUCCUCAGCAAUCCAUUGCUGCCACCAGGCUUCUUGCUCGUGAGGGUCUGAACGCGGAGCAGCUUGCUCGGGACCUAAAGUCUUUUGAACUGAAGACAACAUUUGAGGACGUUUUUCCUGCCGAAACGACAAGCAUUGAAGACUAUUUGCAGCAGGUCCAUGAAAUGGCAAUGGUCUCAGCUGUCCAAGAAGCUCAGAAGGAUAACGUCAGAAGCUUCAAUGAUCACAUGUUUAAAGUUUUGGAGGAGGACUGGCAAAUGGAAAAGCGUGAUUUUCUUCAAAGCUUGAGUCAGAUUUCAACAUUACCAAGGGCUAAUAUGACUCAUACUGUCACCCGUGGUAGUCGCCCUGGUCAAGUUUCACCUGGUGCAUCUAGCAUGGAGCUUGUACCCCUAGCCAGCAAGCCCCUCCUUGAAAGAAAAGCCUCUGCCUAUGCCGAUGUUGUAAAGAAUUUGAACAAUGCGAGGCAGCGUGGUUUACCAUUUAAGCCCGCUACAGCUUUCAAGGGUGCAUAUGAAAGUUUAGGCCUUCAUUCAUCUGGAGGAAAAUCAGUGAACAUGCAGAAGAUAUGGCACCUUCUUCAGACAUUGCUGAAUGAAGAUAUGAACAUUCAACGAAAUGUUUCAAAAAGGAUGUCAUUAGUUAUUGGUGCAAGGCGCCACCUAGAAUGGGGGCAUGAAAAGUACAUCAUGGAUACAAUUCAAAGUCACCCUGCACAGGCUGCCCUAGGAGGGGUUGUUGGAAAUUUACAAAGAGUUCGCGCCUUCCUUCGGAUUCGGUUAAGAGAUUAUGGAGUUCUAGACUUUGAUGCAAUUGAUGCACGUAGGCAGCCUCCUGUUGAUACCACUUGGCAGCAGAUCUACUUCUGCAUGAGAACUGGCUACUAUGAUGAAGCAAGAUCUGUUGCGUUGACAUCUCGUGCCUCAAGCCACUUUGCUCCUCUGCUCACCGAGUGGAUUAAUACUGGAGGUAUGGUGCCUGCAGAGAUUGCAACUGCAGCAUCUGAGGAAUGCGAAAAAAUUCUUAGAAUAGGUGAUCGUGCCGGUCGACCUGCAUAUGACAAGAAAAAGUUAUUACUUUAUGCUCUCAUAUCUGGUUCUCGUAGGCAAAUCGACCACCUGUUACGUGAUCUGCCAACUCUUUUUAACACUAUAGAGGAUUUCUUAUGGUUCAAAUUGUCAGCUGUAAGAGACUGCCCAGUUGGAGCUGCAUCCAUUGUUAUGAAUGAGAGCUUUGUACCAUACACAUUGGAAGAUCUGCAGGCUUACUUAAAUAAAUUUGAACCAUCAUAUUAUACGAAAAAUGGAAAGGACCCGCUGGUAUAUCCAUACAUUCUUCUUUUAAGCAUCCAGUUGAUACCAGCUGUUGUAUACUUAUCCCAAGAAUCUGGAGACGACGGAUAUAACAUUGAUGCUGCACACAUAUCAAUUGUAUUAGCAGACCAUGGGGUCCUCUCCGAAGCAGCUGGAGCUGGACAAAAGAUGGGAGUCAUGGACUCUUAUGCAGAGGCAUCCAGCAUCAUCAGGCAGUAUGGAUCUGCAUAUUUACGAAUUGAUAAUCUAUCAAUAGCAUUAGAAUAUUAUGCACAGGCUGCUGCUGCAGUUGGUGGUGGUCAUAUGUCAUGGUCUGGAAGAGGUAAUGUGGAUCAGCAAAGGCAAAGAAAUUUGAUGCUUAAGCAACUACUUACAGAGCUGUUGUUGAGAGAUAGUGGGGUAUAUCUUUUACUUGGUUCAAGAGGUGCUGGUGAAGAAGGUGAAUUGAGACGAUUUUUGACUGAUGUAAAAGCAAGACAGCAAUUUCUGCUUGAAGCUGCUCACCAUUGUCAGGAAACUGGGUUGUAUGAAAAAUCAAUAGAAAUACAGAAACGAGUAGGGGCUUUUUCAAUGGCAUUGGAUACCAUUAACAAGUGCCUCUCAGAAGCGAUUUGUGCCUUGUCACGUGGUAGAGCGGAUGGUGAGAGUCGAACUGCUGGUCUGAUUCAUUCAGGAAAUGAGAUAUUGGCUAUGGACAAAUAUUCAUCUGAAGUAAGUCCUCAGGAGAGGGAGAAUGUUUUAGCCCAGGAGACUGUUUUAAGACAACUCGAGGCCAUACUCUCGAUACAUAAGUUGGCAAGACUAGGUCAUUAUGUUGAUGCUUUGAGGGAGGUUGCCAGACUUCAAUUUCUUCCUUUAGAUCCCCGAACACCAGAUACUACCACUGAUGUGUACAAGAACUUAAGUCCCCAUGUCCAAGCUUGUGUUCCGGACCUUUUGAAAGUUGCACUGACUUGUCUGGACAACAUGGUGGAUUCUGAUGGAUCACUCCGAGCCUUGAGGGCUAAGAUUGCCAGCUUCAUUGCAAAUAAUUCCAAUAGAAAUUGGCCACGUGAGCUGUAUGAAAAACUCGCCCGAAGCUUGUGAAGUCAGGACUUCCAGAAGACUAGCUCUCUCCUAUUUGUUUUAUUUUGGCCAAGUAACUAGUUGCCUAAUCGACUCUCGCUUCUGAACUGAAUGUUAGUGUGUGCAUUAUUAAGUAUCAAAAAGUUUAUUAUCAAGCUAGAGUGGAUCAAGAAAUUA